GGACACAUCUAUUCUUAUGGUAGAACUAUAUUACAGAUUGAUGCUUACUUCACAAAAAAAUAAAACUUCUGGCUUGUUUACUGGUAUACUGGAAGUAUUAUCCAGUUACCUUGAUAUAUAUCACAGCUGAGCAGUUAGGGCAGUGAUAUGGUGAUAUGGUGGGAGAAGGCCUUGCAGAUAGAUGCUUGAGGGAUAUCUCAUGGAUUUGGUGAAUAGAUGCUGGUUCGGUUGAUACUGACUUAACCUAUUAAAAUGAUCCAAAUAUGCUACAUGCAGGGAAGACUUCCUGUUAGUAUUGUGUAAUUUUCCAGAUCAUAUAAUUUUCUUGCCUUUACUUUUCCAACAACAGAAAUAGUAUCGGAUUGAAACCACACAAGGGUUACCUGAUGUGCUAGUAUUUUCUACUGAUUGGGAUGUGGCUGGCUAACCACAUUGUGGAGGCUCUUUGAAAAGCACCAGCAAACGCAGCAACUGCUAGUUGUGCCCAAGAAGAUGCCGGACAGGUAUAAGAGCAAAGGUGAAGACUCUUUUUCCCAAACUCUUAGAAGCAUGAAGUACAAGCAGCCUCGCAUUGUCUGCCUCGUUAUCCUUUUGCCACUUUUUAAUGCGCUCUCUGUCUCUUCAGCCUCAGAUACGUUAUAAUUUUACAUGAGAAUAAUGAAGCCACCGCCAUUCUCUUCCUCUUCCUCCUCUGUUUUUCGCAAGGCCCGCCUCUCUCCCUACCUCUUCACCUUGCUCGCAUUCAUCCUCUUCGUCGCCGUCCUCUAUGGCGAGGACCUCAUGUGCAUCUUCGGCCAGCAGCUCCAACUCAGCCCCAACUCGGACCCACUCGUCAUCAGAACCGGGAAGAAGAGGGAGAAGCUGCCGUUCGCCAUAGGUAAGAGCGAGGAAGGCUGCGACAUAUUCAGUGGGAGGUGGGUUUGGGAUGAGUCGAAUCGGCCGCUUUACGAGGAAUCGGAGUGUCCGUACAUUCAGCCUCAGUUGACUUGCCAAGAACACGGACGACCCGACAAGGAUUACCAGAAAUGGCGAUGGCAGCCGCACGGCUGUGAUCUUCCCAGCUUCAACGCAACAUUGAUGCUCGAGACACUACGCGGGAAGCGGAUGAUGUUUGUUGGCGAUUCUCUGAACCGGGGUCAGUAUGUUUCCAUGAUUUGUCUUCUCCAUUCGCUCAUCCCCGAGGAUGCCAAAUCUAUGGAAACCUUCGACUCAGACUCACGAACUGUUUUCACUGCAAAGGAGUACAAUGCCACAAUUGAGUUCUACUGGGCGCCAUUUCUUCUCGAGUCAAACUCCGAUAAUGCUGUCAUCCAUAGGAUAUCUGAGAGGCUUGUCAGGAAAGGGUCCAUCACUAAGCAUGGCAAGCAUUGGAAGGGCGUGGAUGUCUUGGUGUUUAACACCUAUCUCUGGUGGAUGACCGGCUUGAAGUUUAAGAUCUUGCAAGGUUCCUUCGAUGAUGAGGUGAAAAAUAUCGUGGAUGUACCAACAACAGAGGCUUAUCGCAUGGCGAUGAAGAGUAUGUUGCGAUGGGUGCGGAGGAACAUGAACCCCAAGAAGACGAGGGUCUUUUUCACUAGCAUGUCGCCUUCUCAUGGAAAGAGUGUAGAAUGGGGAGGUGAAUCAGGAGGUAACUGUUACAAUCAAACUACUCCGAUUGAAGAUCCUAACUAUUGGGGUUCAGAUUCCCGGAAAAAUAUAAUGGAGGUGAUAGGAGACGUGUUCGGUAAAUCAAAGGUGCCCAUUACAUUUCUCAACAUCACCCAACUCUCGAGCUAUCGCAAAGAUGCACACACAGCAAUCUACAAGAAGCAGUGGAAUCCACUGACUCCAGAGCAAUUAGCAAACCCUGUUAGCUAUGCAGAUUGUGUACAUUGGUGUUUGCCUGGCCUUCAGGAUACUUGGAAUGAGCUUCUAUAUGCCAAGCUUUUCUACCCUUGA